AUGCUGGCCCCCGCGCGGCUUCUCUCGAGGGUUCCUCUGCUGUUCUUCCUUCUCUCCACUGCGCACCACUUCGCCUGGCGCAUUCUUGCCCAGAGGGGAGAAGGAAUCGCGUUUCAAACCGCCCGGGCUGCCACGGCCGCUCGACCCUCCUUUCUCCGGUGCCCACAGCUACAGAGAUGCUCUUCGUCCCGGGUGUUUUCUCCGGGACCGUCUUAUCUGGCUGUUGUUUCGCCCGCCUCCGCUUCGACCUUGUCCUUGCCUUCUCUCGCCUCUUUCAGUUCCUUGCGUGCUCCCAGCAGACCGCGCCUUCCUGUUGAGCGACUUCCAGCCCCGCCGGCGAAUGCUCCUCAGGCGCUCCUCUGCUUCUUGCCAGGCUGCACUCUGCACAAGUCCUUUCUGCCGUUGCUGCCGAACGUCCACGGGAGGAACCGCCAGCAAUCUCCAAAUGACAAGAGCCAGGAGAGGCCUGCCAGCAGCCCCGGGGCGUCUCGCCUCCGAGCAUCGGUCAGGGACCGGAGACUGCCGUCGCGGGCACUCGACCAGCUUCAGCGCCUCUUGGAGGCGAAGCAGUAUGAGGUGAAACUCCUGGUGGAGAAGCACGGCAGUCUGCUGGAUCCCCUCGCCCUCCGGCAGGCGUACGUGCACCACACAUUGAAUUCGAAGUUGACUGAGCGAAUGCGCAUCCAAACCCACGUCCGUGAACGCGACGAGAAGAUCCGCGCAAUGCACGCCGCUCGCUGGCAAGAACGCGACAGAGAGGCAGUUCUCGGGAAAGAUGCCCGGGAAGAGGGCCAGGAACCAAAGUGUGAACAGGCGCUCCAGUCCCACAGCCACCGUGUGGGCGGGGAGCACCCACGCUACGAUCUACAGGAAGUUCUUCAGGAACCGGAGACGCCGCACCGGUUGAGCGUCGCCUGUGACUUGAAGCGACGCAGCUGCACGAACUUGGCGGUCGACCCUCGGCGUCUGUCGUACCGGAAUCCAGGCGACGUUGCUGUCGACUGUGCCAGCGCCGGCGCAGACGUCAUCUUGGUGAACACGAACAAAGAAGGCUGGGGGGGCAGCUAUGAAGACCUGGAAGCGACGACGAAGGCGCUCCGUAACGCGUACAGCUGGUCCGAACGGCCUGCGGUGGUGAUGAAGGAUAUUAUCAUUCACCCCAUCCAGAUCGCCCAGGCCGUUGAGGCGAAGGCCGAUGGGGUUUAUUUGCACUUCUGCGUCGCCGGAAAAGAUCUGGAGGAUUUGCUCUUUGCCUGCUCAACCAUGGGAACCCAGGCGCUUGUCGAAGUGCACAGUGAAGCCGAAGCCCAGCAGGCGGAAGACGCUGGAGCGACGCUGCUCGUGGUGAAUCAGUGGGACCGUUACACUGGUCGCCUUAUACCUGAGCAUGCUCUCCGAGUGCGGAGUGUGUGUUCGCCUGAGGUCAUCGUGCUCGCUUCGGGCGGCCUGACGUCCACCGCGCAGGCGACGAAGUGUGCAAAGAGUGGAUUCGACGGGGUUGUCCUCGGCCAAGCCCUUACCCGCCCUGGGGCGUUAGACUUUAUCAAGGAACUCAAGGCGUGGCAGGGCGCCCCUCGCGAAUUAGUGCACCUGUUCGCGCCCGAUCCACGUGGAGCAGCCGCUGCGGCGAGAGGACUGGAAGAAGCCGCCGCCGCCAUCGAGGCGGAGGACGCGGCGCUGAAGGCUCAGCGCGAGGCGCGGCGGGCAGCGCGCCCUGCCUCAAGAGGGCCUGAUUCCGAGACGCUUCCCUCGGAAAAACGCGAGGCACUGGAGCAGGCGGCGCUCACGAGUGCUCAUUCGAAGCAGUUCCCCAGGCCGGAGGAGGCAGCCUUGGACGCUGAGUCCGAAUUCCCGGGCGACGAAGGCGACUUGGACGUUGCGGAAAAAGUCUUCGAGGAGGCGAAGCGUGGUUGGAAACCUGAGACGCAUGCAGAGCCUGCCGAGACAGGUGGGCGGCAGUGCAGCGCCUCAGAUUCGGUGGCAGGCCGACCCGCGCGAGACAGCGGAAAGGCCCGAAAAGAGGCAACAGACCGCGGCCACGCCCGCACCCGCGACAGACUCUCGGGUGGUCUUUCGCCGGAUUCCACGGUCCCGGGAGAGGAGAGAUCUGAGGCGCGAGGUGGGCAGAGUCGCGCGACUCCGAGUGACGACUUCACUGAACGGGUUCUCAGACAGUCAGGCCCGGACUUUCAGCCACAGCCGGCGGAGUCGCUGUUCGGUCCGCGGGCAGUGCCAAGGAGAAACGGCGACGCAUCUCAGGCGCCUGCUCAUCCUUCUGUGAAUGCCUCCAGUGGCAGUCGCGAUUCCGGGCGCUCGCCUUCCCCUGCGUCUCGAGGGGCGUACCCCGCCCCGCCGGCAGGCAUCGUCGACGUUUCCGGCGAGCAGGACGAGGAGCCCUCGCAGCGCCUCGGGCAAUUCCACGCGUUUUCCACCUUGCGUUCCUCCGAUGCGAGCGAGGGGCGAGACCGACGGGGAGACCCUCCACCGGUUCGGAUCCCCGAAGGCACCGACUGUGCUCCAAACGAAGAGCAACUUCUCCGCGCCUGCACGCGCGAGCUCCUGGGCCAGAUCGCGCGCGAACAGCACGUGAAACGGAUGGCAGACGAAGAGCACCGCGACCUGCAACUGGCGAUGUUUCGGCAGUACCAAAGGCUUGCCCGCGCGUCGCCUGCAGACGACCAGAAGGCGCGGACGGGUGGGGCGGGCCCGCUGUUUGUCCCGCCGUUGGCCCUCCAAGACACCCUCCAGACCGAUCCGCAUUUCCGGUCUCCGGGCCCCGAAGACGCCCUGGAUCCCUUAGCCCUGGGGCCGCAAGACGCCGACUCGAUCGCCGAGCCGUUCAAAGAGGCCUUUCCGAACGACCCCGCCCGCGCCGCGGCUGCAUGCACCGCUGCGGCGGCGGCAGCCGUCGCGGAUCCGUCCGGGUUCGCCGCGGUCGCGCGGGACCAUCUGCAGAAAGCAGCUGAGCGCGGCGCGUACACACUGGCGGAUUCGAAUGACCCCGCGGCGGCUCUCAGCGCAGCGGCGCCGACGUUCGCAGCGGCUUCUGCGACGGCCGCCUUGACGGCCGCAGUCGCCCGAGGCGAGCGCGACGCGCAGGCUGCCGCGAAGUCCGCAGCGGCUGCGCUGCGGGGCGCGCAUCCGCCGAGCCCGAAAGCGCUGGCCGCCUUGGCAGCUGCGGCGGUCCAGGAGAGAAAGGCCAGAGGCGAUCGGCCGGAUCAGUGGGGAGCGCCUUUCGGUCCGACAGACGAACAGGCUCGCGUGGUGGACGCAGAGCCGCAGCUGCUCGGGGCGUCUCUCGCGCCUCGCGGGGCCGCAGGCCGUCAAGGCGAGGAGGCGAGAAGCCGCGAGAGCUGCGAGAGCCGCGAUCCGACAGCACGGCGCGAGAUUGGGAUGGUCCCUUUCGGCGGCCCCGACGAGGAAGCGGAACUGUUUGACGAGGCUGAACUCGAGCGGAUCGGGCGUCUUUUCUUCACAGAGGAGGAACUCGAUGGCUUUCUCCGGGAGUUGAGGGCGAAGAAGGCCACGCGGCAGUCCGCACGCAGGGGAGGUGAGGAGGAAGGCGUGCACGGGCGCGCAGAGAAACGGGAAGAUGUUCACAGUCGGAGGCAAGGAUUUCACACUGCUCAGCGGCCGGACGGAGGAGGUGAGGAAGCAACCCAGAAAGGAACAGCUGUUGACACUGCAGCGGGCGCGGGCGUCAGGACGGGCUCCGGCGGUUCCCUCCCGAUGUGUCUGGGGAAGCCGCCCGAAACGGAGAACUCACGAGAAGGCCAGGACGCGCGAGCUGACAAAGAAGGGACGGGAACGGCCGAGGCAAGAACUGACGGGAAUGGUGUUCCUCGGCGUGUCCAGACCGAGACUGCGGGCGGGGCGGGGGCCGAAGCCAGCGUCGAGGAGCGAGUCGCCGAUCCUGCUCGCGCCAGCGAGCCUUCUGAAUCGUCUUCUGAGUCGAGGCCAGUGCGUGCGCGACCUUCCAAGGCUGCAGCCAGCUGGCAAGCCGAGAAAGUCUCCUUCAGCACGCAAGAGUGGUUCGCUCGGGCGAACCGCCGAAAGAAAGAAGACCACGAACUCGUUCAGCACGUUCGCCAGCAGACGCAGCGGGCGGCAGAUCAGCCGGCAGGCAAGCGCGACGGAUCCCCGGAAACAGACGCAGACUCCGCUCCGGACAGCGUUUCUGGAGCCCGGGCUGAGACGUCUAGCGAGGCGGGCGCCUCGUUCAGGGACGGCGGGAGAGAGACGUUUUCCCGCUUUGGCCGACAUGCGCCAGGGCCGUCGCUGACGACUCCGAUGGACCAGAUGGAGGCGUUUCUGCCGUUCUUUCAGGGCCGAGGGAGUCACCACCACCUGGAGGAUCCGCCUGAAGUGCAAGAACGCAUGCAGCAGGAGGCCUUUCUUGAAGAGCUGAAGCGCCGGGAAAGCACGGGCGGACUGACCUCGGCCACGCUCACAGGGAACCCUGCAGACUCGCCGCUGGGCGACCCCUCGCGCACGGGCCAGCAGGCGUACGAGUUGCUCGAAGCGCAGCAGAAACGGCUGCAGGCGGAACGCCGACAGCGGCCACCUGCGGCGAGCCUCCGGGCGGAGGCUGUGGCUGCGGCCGCAGCUGCGGCGGCUGCGGCUUUAGCCGACGGAGCGCCUCCUCAGGCGGCUGUGCAGGCAGUCAGUCGGGCGGCGGGCGCGGCAACUGUAGGCAGUGCCGUCGACCUAAGUUCUAGAGACCGAGAGAAACCAGCAAACGGCUGUCGGCAGAGCACAGCCGGAGAGACCGAGGAGAGUGUGCAGCGUGCAGACGCUGCCCCUAGAGCAGCUGUACAGGGUGCAAUGCUCGGGGGCGAACGCGGCGCCUAUGCGGCACUAUGGGGGACCAGCAGCCAAGGGGCUGGUGGGUUUUUCGAAAGCUACGUUGACGAGCUGGCUCAGAGCGGUGGUCUUCAAGUGGAGCCUAGCGAGGACUAA